AAGAGGCGGCAACCGGACGGCGGCGCGGGGUUGGCGCGCCCCGGAAUCCGGCCUCUGCACUUGAGAGGAGAUGAGCUCGGCCGACAAGGCCCGGGUGGGGCCCGCGGCCGACGGGCCUGCGCCGCCGGAGGAGGAGGAGGGCGAGGGGGGCGGCGAGGCGGGCGGGAAGGAGCCAGCGGCAGACGCGGCCCCCGGGCCCAGUGCCGCGUUCCGGUUCCUGGUGAGUCGGCGGGAGCCGGCCGUGAAGCUGCAGUAUGCGGUGAGCGGCUUAGAGCCGCUGGCCUGGUCCGAGGACCAUCGCGUGUCCGUGUCCACGGCCCGGAGCAUCGCUGUGCUGGAGCUCAUCUGCGACGUGCACAACCCGGGCCAGGACCUGGUUAUCCACCGCACCUCGGUGCCCGCUCCCCUCAACAGCUGCCUCCUUAAAGUUGGCUCAAAAGCAGAGGUUGCUGAGUGUAAGGAGAAAUUUGCCACCUCCAAAGACCCCACAGUCAGUCAGACUUUCAUGUUGGAUAGGGUGUUCAACCCUGAGGGGAAGGCCUUGCCACCGAUGAGAGGAUUCAAGUAUACCAGCUGGUCCCCCAUGGGUUGUGAUGCAAACGGCCGGUGCCUCUUGGCAGCACUGACCAUGGACAACCGCCUGACCAUCCAGGCGAACCUCAACAGACUGCAGUGGGUCCAGCUGGUUGAUCUGACUGAGAUUUAUGGAGAACGACUCUAUGAGACCAGUUACAGGCUCUCUAAAAGUGAGGCUCCAGAGGGGAAUCUCGGGGACUUCGCGGAGUUUCAGAGGAGGCACAGCAUGCAGACCCCAGUCCGGAUGGAGUGGUCGGGCAUCUGCACCACGCAGCAGGUCAAGCAUAACAACGAGUGCCGGGAUGUGGGCAGUGUGCUCCUGGCGGUCCUCUUCGAGAACGGUAACAUUGCUGUGUGGCAGUUCCAGCUGCCCUUUGUAGGGAAGGAGUCCAUCUCUUCAUGCAACACAAUUGAGUCAGGGAUCAACUCUCCUAGUGUUUUGUUUUGGUGGGAAUAUGAGCACAAUAAUCGGAAAAUGAGCGGCCUUAUUGUGGGGAGUGCUUUUGGACCUGUAAAAAUUCUUCCUGUCAAUCUCAAAGCAGUUAAAGGCUAUUUCACCUUAAGGCAGCCCGUUGUCUUGUGGAAAGAAAUGGACCAGUUGCCCGUGCACAGCAUUAAAUGUGUUCCACUUUACCACCCGUACCAGAAGUGUAGCUGUAGCUUAGUGGUGGCUGCAAGGGGAUCCUACGUGUUCUGGUGUCUUCUCCUGAUCUCCAAAGCAGGUCUCAACGUCCACAAUUCCCACGUCACAGGCCUUCACUCACUGCCGAUUGUCUCCAUGACUGCAGACAAGCAGAAUGGAACCGUAUAUACCUGUUCCAGCGAUGGGAAGGUGAGGCAGCUGAUCCCCAUUUUCACCGAUGUCGCAUUAAAGUUUGAACACCAGUUAAUUAAACUCUCGGAUGUGUUCGGCUCGGUGAGGACACACGGGAUAGCAGUGAGCCCCUGCGGCGCAUACCUGGCUGUCAUCACCACCGAGGGCAUGGUCAACGGCCUCCACCCCGUGAACAAGAACCACCAGGUCCAGUUUGUUACUCUUAAAACCUUUGAGGAGGCAGCUGCUCAGCUCUUGGAAUCUUCCGUUCAAAAUCUCUUCAAGCAGGUGGAUUUAAUAGACCUUGUGCGCUGGAAGAUUUUAAAGGAUAAACAUAUCCCUCAGUUUUUACAAGAAGCUUUGGAAAAAAAGAUUGAAAGCAGCGGAGCCACCUAUUUUUGGCGUUUCAAACUCUUCCUCCUGAGGAUUUUAUAUCAGUCCAUGCAGAAAACCCCUUCAGAAGCAUUAUGGAAACCCACCCACGAGGACUCCAAAAUCUCAUUGGUUGACUCCCCUGGGAUGGGCAAUGCCGAGGAAGAGCAGCAGGAGGAAGGCACGUCUUCCAAACAGGCGAACCGGCAGGGCCUGCAGGACAGGAGCAGAGAGGGCGACGCGGAGGACCCCGCCGACGACUCCCUGACCCAGGCUGGAGAGGCCGGGGGCCGCGAGCCGAUGGAAGAGAAGCUCCUGGAGAUCCAAGGGAAGAUCGAAGCUGUGGAAAUGCACUUGACCAGGGAGCACAUGAAGCGAGUCUUGGGGGAGGUGUACCUGCAUACCUGGAUCACAGAAAACACUAGCAUCCCCACUCGAGGCCUCUGCAACUUCCUGAUGUCUGACGAGGAGUGUGACGACCGAACGGCACGGGUGCUGAUUGGACACAUCUCAAAGAAGAUGAACAAACAGACUUUCCCUGAGCACUGUAGUCUGUGCAAAGAGAUCUUGCCAUUCACAGAUCGCAAACAGGCAGUCUGCUCCAAUGGCCACAUUUGGCUCCGGUGCUUUUUAACCUACCAGUCCUGCCAGAGCUUGAUAUACAGAAGGUGUUUGCUCCAUGACAGCAUUGCCCGCCAUCCGGCUCCGGACGAUCCUGACUGGAUUAAGAGGCUCCUGCAGAGCCCCUGCCCUUUCUGCGAUUCUCCGGUCUUCUGAGCGGCGGCGGCGGGAGCGGGGCCCGGCGCGCUCCGUUGCGGAAAACCGCCUCGGGCUGAGGACGUGGGAUGUGCUGGCUGAGCCCGGCCUGCGCCUGGGCCGGCCCCCUCGGGAGCAGAGACGGGGCCCUGGGAACUCCUUUCUGAAGUACCGUCUCGUCUCCAGGGACUACGGGGUAUCUCCGAAACGACCCAACGCAGAGAUUGUAAGUCAUUGUGAGCGGAGCGCCAGGCCCCCUCCUCCCCCGGUGAGGAACACUUAUUUUUCAAGUGUUUUGACUGAAGCAACUUGAACAGAAAGAAUGCCCUGUCAUUUCUGGGAACAGAAUGAGCUCUUCUGGAGAGUUGGGGUAAGGGCCUUGCUGGACCGAGUUGGGCUUUCAUGCCUGCCUUGGACUGGAACCGCCCCGCGGCUCCGCAGAGCGUGGGUCACUGGCCCGGGCGGCCGGGCGCCAGCAGACACGGCGCGUGUCCGAAACGGCGCUCGACCCCGAUCCUUUGUUCCCACAGACAGCCACAGAUCUGUGUCCCACGGAUUCUCGUCUCUGCUGCGUCCUGAAAACGCGUUCAUAAAACGGUAUUUUUAAGAGGUCGUCGAGGCCAAGACUAAAGUUGGUUUUAAUGUGUCAAAAGAUCAGGUGAUUCCUGUAAGUAAAUAAUGGUGACUUAUUUUUGAUGAGCUCGCACAUGAUUAGAUCUCCAGUCCUGCCUCCUUGCCCUGUCAGGGAGGUCGGGGAUUCCUCUCCACCCGUGUCACCUUCCUGCGCCUCUCGUAGCCCAGAUGAGAUAUUUGUACACAGAAGAAAAAGAAUAUUUUCUCCUCUAAACUUCUAGUGUUUUUAAUGUUGACAUGUCCAGACAUUUCAGUUGUAUCCACUCGAGGAACCUGCAGGCCAUCUAGAGACUCAGAAAACGCGCCGAGAGCGACGGGCAGCCCCGGCCUGCGGUGCUCCUGCUCCGGUGCCGCCGGCAGCUCCGCGGAGGAGAGCCCAGGAAUUUCUUCCCCGCACGGGUCCCUGAUACUUAGAACGUAGCUCUUUUCCCGUGGGCUGUUCAGAGGAGACGUUAGAGAUUAAUUGGUCUUAAAAUCUAAAAUUAAAAAUGGACAUUCGGGAAUUACAGUGUUCUUGGAUUGCGAAAAUAGCGUCCUAGAGCUCGGUGCUAAGCAACAGGACUGUGCUGCCCACAUGUGGAAACCGUACGUCCUUCUGGGAAGUAGGAAGGAGUACAAAAGGGGAGAUUCUCACUCCGCUUACAUGCUGGCUAUUUCGCCUUUAUUCUAACACUUACUCCUGCCUCUGUCGUGAUCCUCAGUGAAGGACUUCUCGUCCUUGCUUUAGAAAACUUGCUCUGUGGACAAGACACACAACCACAGACCGCUGUGGGUCCCCCUCCCCCGCUCCUCCCCCUCCUCCCCGCCACAGGCACCGGCCCCCAGAGCCCUUCAGAGGCGCCUCCGAGCGGCCUGCCCUGGAAUGGCUUCUGUGUCCUGUUCAGAUUGUGUCUUGUCUCCUGUGUUUCAUUCUGUCUUUGCUGGAGUCUUCUGCUUCGCUUUCUCUUCUCAGUCAUUUCAAGAAUAGUGUUGAUCCGGAUACGGGGGCCCGCACAUUGAAUUGGUUUUCCAGAAAGAGAAGCAGGCGGCACGGGGAUGGCGAGCUGCACAGCUCAGACGUCACGUGGCCCGUCGCUGUCUCACGUCCCGGGGACCAGGCGGUAAACGUGGAGAUCAUGUCAAGGAAGUUUUUCAUAAUCAUGGCUGCUUAGUUUCACUUACUCUUUGUUCCUUAUCAGGGUCAGUGUUUGAGUUGUUCUUACGGGGAAUUUUGUGCCGCUGCCAUUUAAAACUUACAUUAAGUUUUUAUUUAAAGCAGUUGUACGUUUUGGGGGAGAUGGACCUCUUGGGAGUUAACUAAAAGGAUCUCCUGAAUUAUUAUGUAUUUUCUGUAGGAAUAAACAUGGCAACUGUUUUACUAGAACGUGA